CUGAUCAACGAAGCGCAUCAAUUGAGCUCGAUUCGAAUGAAGUUUAUCCUCACCAGCCGCCCUGACAGCUACAUCUUCUCGAAUUUCGACCUCAUUGUACCUGAGUCCCACGGUUGGAAACAAGCACUCCAGGGUGCAGAAUCACCUCCCCACCAGGAAAUGUCUCACCAUGACAUCAGAAUGGUUCUUGAUCAUAAGCUUCGCGAAGUAGCCGAUCAUCAUCAUUUUGGUCCAGACUGGCCGGAGAAGGAAAAGUUGGAUGCGCUUGUUAAGAAGGCUGAUGGGCCGUGGAUUUAUGCUUCAACGGCUUGUGGCUUCAUAUGUGAUAAAAGGGCAAAGAAGGAGUGGGUGAAACAAUGCUUAGAUCUCCUUAUAAAGGAUGACAGACACCCACAUGAGAGACUGGAUGGGAUAUAUACGGAUGUAUUGCGGGAUGUCCUUGAGGUUGCGACCCCCGAGGAAUAA